AUGUUGACGACUAGACAGAACUCUUUGUAUAAUUUGUCGUUACUCUCUGAAAGGAGUGAAAAGUCAACGUUGAGCUUGAAGAAUAGUCCGACACUCUCACGACCGUGGGUUGGGACUAGUAGCAGUAGCGCAUCAAAGGAUGCCGAAGGUCAAAAGCUGUACCAUCUCGUCAAGCCCACAGAACAUGGUCCAUCGGAAAAUCAAGAAAAAAUGGUCACGGAAAUCUACCUCACUAGGUUACUAAUGAUGAAGGGUACACUUCAAAAAUUUAUAAACGAUCUUCUGGAGGCAAUAUUCUCCACCUCGUCAAGAUCCGCACCAUUACCUGCUGCUAUCAAGUACAUGUUUGAUUUUAUGGAUGAACAGGCACUUGAACACGGUAUCACGGAUGCAGAAGUGGUACAUGCAUGGAAGAGCAAUGCUUUACCAUUAAGAUUCUGGGUCAAUCUUAUAAAGAACCCUCACUUUGUGUUCGAUAUCCAAAAACCGACCAAGGUGGAAGGAUGUUUGUCCGUGGUCGCACAGACUCUCAUGGAUGCAUGUUCUACCCAAGACCAUCAGCUUACAAAAGAUUCACCAUCAAGCAAGCUUUUGUUCGCUAAAGACAUGUAUCAGUAUAGGGAUUGGGUGGACAGUUACUAUUCGGAUAUAGCUCGCUUACCACCAAUAUCCGACCAAGAUAUGGCCAGCUUGCUCAAUGAGGAAUCCAGGGUGCAUCGCGGACAAUUCCAUGUGUUUUCGGCAUUGAAUGAGCUCUAUAAAUAUCUCGAUCAGUACAAAGAGCCGAUAAUGGAUGCGCUAGAACACAAUGAACACGCGCAAGCAAGUCGAUUACCAGGACGGUUACAGGUAAUGAAAGUCUUCAUUUAUAUUUGA